GCAAACCCAGUAGCUUUAUUCCUCGCAGAUGGGGAUUGAGUCCCCAAAUCCUCCUGGGGACAAGCACACCCUAUGCCCCCUUCCAGCCACCUUGCCCUGUGCCAUCAAAAAGCUACCCUUUGCACUCCAGCCUCACCAAAUCACUGUGCCCUUGCUGACGCUGUGCAAACGCCUCAGCACGAGACAGCUCCCAAAUGCUGGCACUGCUGGGGAUGAGAUACAAAAGCUGAAGCAGCUCCGGAGUGGUGUUUUGCAGCCUGUCCCGCCCCCCCAGCUUCAGGAUAGGGGAUGUCUGGGGGGCUUGUGGUGGCCCCCGCCUGCCCCUGCUGCCCUCCGUGUCCGUGCUGGGACAGAACAGCACCUGGCACAGCUCUGCCCUGCCCUCCCCAGGGUGCGUAUAAAGAAGCAUAAAGCAAAGAGGACAAGGAGAUGCAGCUUCCCUGCCACAUCACCCAGCCCAUGGCCGUCCCCUUUGGCCCAGCUCCCCGUCCUCCCCCCAGACCAUGUCCGGCUCCUUGUUGCUCCCCUGUCCCGAUCCCAGUGAACCCAAGCCAGCCAGCUAACGUCCGGCUGGGACACGGGGCCGGUUGCCCCCACCCUGGUGUGGGGCGGGGUGACCCCACCCUAGCAAACGUUUCCACUCGCCCAUAACUGGGUGAGCCCAAGCACCGGUGCUCCAACUCCCCGCUGCUGCCAGGCUGCCAUGGAGAACUACCCGCAGUCCUUCAGCAUCAACAUGCAGCCCUACGGCAGGAAUGGGGGGGCCACCGCCGCCAACCCCAUGGCCACCUCUUUCGGCCAGGCCACCUCUUUCGGCCAGAUGGAGCCCACACCUGUUUCUACCCCACCACCCAAGGACUUUGUGCUCUGGUCUUUCUUCAACGCCAUAUACUGCAACCCGUUCUGCCUGGGCUUCCUCGCUCUUGUCUUCUCCAUCAAGGCCCGAGAUAGGACAGUGGCAAAGGACCCCAUGGCCGCCAGCAGCUAUGGGAGGACAGCCAGGAGCCUCAACAUCGCGGCAUGCUGCCUGGGUAUCGUGGGCACCAUCAUCCUUCUGGUCCUGGUGAUACUCUACAGACCAGUACGCCCCUGACCUGUCCCACCGAGGAGAGGCAGCACCACGGCUUUGCUCUUCCUUAACCCCCCCUGCCCCAAACCCCAUCACCCUUCCGACCCCCUCCCUCUAGCUGAGGGGGUGCACCCGCCGAGGUGACCCCGUUGGGAGUGAGCCUCUGGGGUGAGCUCAAGACGAAUAAAGCAUUCCUCGCUCCCUUU